AAAAACGGUCACCCUGGUUGUGUUCUGUUUAGUUUUGUUUUCGUUUCUCUUUAAAAUUUUUAUUUGCAAUUUAAUUAUGUAAAUUUACCAGAUUUGUUAGCGAUGUGUUCGUGUGUUUCGUAACAGGUUUUUAUUGUGUCGCAGUGUUUUUUACUGCGAAAACGUCCCUGCACCUGUUGCGCCUUACAAGCCAUUUUCAGUGCAAACCUGCGUUUCGCCUUUUUUAUGCCCUUUACUUGUACCAAUAGUGCUCUGAGAGAGAGAGAACUAGCUUGCAAAAUUAAUUGCGUCGAAGUGGACUAGACUCGCAGCACCAACGCCAAUAAACAAAUAUGGGCAAUACGAGCUCAAAAGGCGAAUCUGACGCCAGUGAACCCCCUCUGGAAGGUGGGAAACAGAAACAUCAUCACAAAUCCGCCACACAGUCAUCGACUGCGUCGUCGUUUCACUCUCACAAUGGGAGCUCGGACGGUGGCGCUGCGAAUAGCGGCAGCAACAACAGUCUCAAGGUGCAACAACAAUCGCAAACAAUGACCAGAUCGGCUUCUGGGGCAGAUGUAACGGAAAAGUACUUGACGCAGCUGGUGCCAGUGGAGAAGUUGGCAGAGAUCCUGAGGGAGCAAACGUCGGCCAAGUAUGGAAUUAAUGGCAUAGUGGCAGAUGUCUUUGUGUCACAAGUCUUUCCACAAUACACCGAUCUGGGCCAUCGAUUGUUCCAGCUAAUGCACACGUCUUCAAAGGCCACGACAAAGCACUUGGGCACAGUCGCCUUUCGCCAGCAGUGCGAGCGCUUCCUUGGCAUCAUGGACGAUGCCAAGACUCUUGAGUGCUAUAUAAAGAUGUACGCGCAGGAAGACAAUCCAGAUUUCAUAGAUAAGACGGGGGUUACUCGUCUUCUUCAUAUAUGCUAUACGAUUGCCAUGCAGCAUUCUGGAAACGCAGUGCUCUGUACAGCCAUCAAUCGCACAUUUGGCUCGGUCACCAAGUCCAUAUUUCUGUGCCAUGACAGCCUGAGUCUUGGCUACGUGUGCCGGUGGUUUGAGCAGAACCUAAUCCGGCUGGUGCUGCUCGUCCACAAGUAUUGCGUGCACACGCUGUCCACCGCGUAUCGCGGCCUCGAGCAACAUUCACUGUCUUGCGGGAUUGAGCUGCAGACUCCGGUUUUGGAGCAGCGCAAUCCUUUCACUGAUACAACGGAUCACAGCGGAAUUGGUUCUGACUUCUCGGAUUCUCUGAUGCCGCUUUCACAAGCCUGGCUCUUGGCUGGGGCAUUGCCUCCGCUAUAUUCCAAACCACAAACCAUUGCGCCUUCGCCAUCUAACAAAGCCAACAAUAGCGCCUCGUCAGCCGUGCAAAUCUUUAAGGAGAAGCUUUCGAUGAUGCCGUCCCACUGGACGCUGCUGUAUGAUUCCAACGAGCAUGGAGUGGGUGCCAACCGCUUCUUGCACCACGUUCUCGGCUAUCGUGGACCAACGCUGGUCCUGCUUCAUACAAAGGAUGAGCAGACAUACUGCGUGGCUGCACCUAGUGAAUGGAAGGAGACUCACUUGUUUGUGGGCGGCGAGGGCAGCUGUGUCAUCCAGCUGUUGCCCAAAUUUGUGAUACUGGAGAAGAAGCCCAAUAUCCUAUACCUGAACACCAGCAUAAGAGGUUACCCCAAGGGAUUGCGGGCUGGUGCCGAUCCUCGUAAGCCCAUCAUAGCUGUCGAUGAGCAUUUUGAAAAUGUGGACUGCAAGGGCUUGGCCGCGGGACUCAUGUCCAUAGAGGUGUGGGGCUGCGGCGACAAAUCAUCACGCGAAGUGCAAUUGGACAUCAAGAAAUGGCAAAUAAGGGAGGCCGAGAGACAGCGAACAGUCAAGCUUACAGCCGCCGACUGGAUGGAUCAUCCGGAUCGAUAUCUCCUCGAGUUGGGCGGCAGGCAGAACUAUAACAAUUAAUCCGAUUUCUUUCUGCUAAUGCAGCUGCGUGUAUACGGAUACAUAUGGAUAUAAUAUAUGUAUCGUAUGUAUGUCCAAAAGCAAUUGGCGUGCCUUCCAUAUCGAAGCACGUCGCGUCGAAAUUUACUGGGAAUUUCUUAUACAAUUAUUCACACGUAGCACGAGAAGUAAUCACUGGACUGAAUUUUUUUUUAAUUGAUGUUGAUUGAUAUUCGGUUUUACUUGUUUUCCUUCCAUUCUUUCUAUCAGCGUCUAGUAUUCGACUUGAGUUAUGUUCGUAACGUGAAUUCCGUCUAUGCUUUUAAAUGUAUUUUAUUCUUUGCCUGUACUUAUAGCAGGAGUCAAUCUACGUCUCUGUUUUCGUCUCCGUCAGUUCUGUUGCUAUUUUACAGGUUUCUGUUUUUGUUCUAAAUCUUUGUUAAAAUGAUAAAUGCAAGUAUUAUGAAAAGACCUAGAAAUGAAAAUGCUUAAAAUAAAUGUUACAAACAAAAUUUGUAUGAUUCCUGUA